CGCAUUUAAUUAAGUUCACCACUACUUUAAGUGGUUCAGACAGCCAAGAGUACUAUGUUAGUGACGCGUACGCUUAUAUUUAGCGCAACUACUAACAAGUAACAACAAUAAACGUUUUGAGUUUUGACGCGCGGCCGGCUCCUCGUGCCUUUCGGUCCUUCACAUUUUGCACCUAACCACCGUUCCAAAAACAUCGACUUUGAUGAGCGAGUGGCGGGACUGCAUCCGGGGCGUGAUCUCAUUUUUAUAUUAUAUAUAUAUAUCAAAUUGAAAGGAUAAAAAAAAAGUGGGCUUCUCAUUCUUUCAUUUUAUUUAAGAAUCGGAAGGAGGAAGAGGAACAGGGGAUUUCGAUUCGGGUCAAGAAAUGGCUUGUGGAGAAGCUGAGUUGGGUUGUUUAACGCCGGAGCCGGCAAUGGGAGUCGUGAAGUAUGGACAGAAGGGGAAUUGUGUCGGGAAUGUGUUUGAUUGCAAUUUGCUGUACUCGAGAGAGCGGAAAGUGGUUUGUGUCACCAGCGGCAAUUCUUGCUUUGGUGCUCACUUGGCUAAGAAGCUCUUGACCCGGGGUUAUCUUGUCAGAGUCACUGUUCAGAAUUCAGCAAAUUUUGAAGAUCUGAAGGAGUAUCUGAGAGAAGAAGAGAUGGCCCAACUGGAGAGUGUGGUGGUAGCAGAAAUGGGAGAUGUGGAAAGUUUGUGCAAGGCUUUCAGAGGCUGCCAUGCUAUAUUCCACACCUCCACUUUCAUUGAUCCCCGGGGAAUUUCUGGAUAUACCGAGCGAAUGGCAUUUCUGGAGACUGAAGGAGCAAGAAAUGUAGUUGAAGCUUGUGGCAGAGCAGCAUAUGUGAAGAGAUGCAUUUUCACUUCUUCUCUGCUCGCAACUCUCUGGGCCGGCAACGGAAUCACAGAGCAAGUCAUCAUAGACGAGAGCUGUUGGAGUAGUGAAGAAUUUUGCAGAGAAAACAAGCUUUGGCUUGCAUUGGGUAAAACCAGAGCAGAAAAGGUUGCUUGGAUGAAGUCAAGAGAGUUGAGGGUUAAUCUUGUAACUCUCUGCCCUGGCCUUUCAAUGGCCCCAUCCUUUCCAGAUGCCCACGUGGAGACUGCUAUUCCCUAUCUUAAAGGUGGGCAAAUUAUGUUGCAAAGAGGGGUUUUAGCAACUGAAGAUGUGAAAAGAGUGGCAGAAGCCCAUGUAGCUGUUUACGAAGAUAUGGACUAUGGAGCCUGUGGACGAUACAUUUGUUACGAGAAAGUGAUUACAAGAGUUGAAGAUGCAGUUCAACUUGAGAGUCGGUUGAAGAUGCACGGAUUCUUCACCUGGCCGCAAACGGAAGAGAUUCCGGUUAACGUUAGUAAUGGAAAGAUCACCAAAUUGUUAUGUCGUGCUUCCCCUCGAAAUUCUUGCAAAGAAUUCUGCAAGAGUAGUAAGUAG